AUGACAUUUCGCUGGAAGGAGGUAAGAGUGAGCUUUGGCGAGUUAGCUGAGGAAUUAGUGAGACUGACCAGUAAUAGGUUUAGCCGCUAUCAGCUGGGAGCAGAUAGGGAGGAUCAGCCUGACUUAGCCGGCUCCCCCAUUUACAGAUUAGCUCCGCCUUCUGUCCUAUCCGCUGUCACGAAGGGCAUAAGAUCCGAGGGAAACUAUUCCUCCCCCCUGAAUAACAACUAUUUCAUGGCUGACAGAAGCCUCGGAUUCUGUAGGCUCCAACUAUUCCAAACAUUCCUUCGGCAAAAAACGUUCCCGGACUUACUCCCCCACCGCGUCGGGACGACUGCCGCAAUGGAAAUGCUUAAUCCACCUCAUAUCGAAGGUAGCUACUACGGGCUCAAUCCUGCAUUCGGUAACAUUAAUGGGUCAGAUGCAUUAAAUAAUGAUUAA